CUGUCAAUCAACGAUUUUGUUAUCGCAAAAAACACGUAAAUUGGGAAAGUCCUACAAUAGUAUACGUGAUAAAUUGUUGAAAACCCAACGAAAUUUGUGAAAAUGGCUUCGAUACCUUUAAUGUACGCCCAAGAAGACUGUGAACUAGGAGGGAAGGAAUCUGUUGAGGAUGACUUUGCAUACCGCAACAAUGUAAUGAAUGCUGAAAGGGAGAUCCGUCUCGCCUUCAUACGGAAAGUCUACGGUCUCCUGACAGUGCAGCUCCUGGCUACGGUCUCCAUUGCGGCUGUAUUUAUGUUUGUUGAACCCGUACAAACAUUUAUACACACCAAUAAUUGGAUGAUGAUCAUUGCUUUUAUCCUAAGCAUGGGAACUCUGAUUGCAUUGAUCGUGAAACGACGUGAUUCGCCCGCCAAUCUAUAUCUCCUGGCUGCAUUUACUGUUAUCCAAGCGUACACCAUCGGCGUUGUCAUAUCAUACUACAACACCAUGGUGGUGUUGCAAGCUCUAGCUUUAACAUUCGCCGUCGUAUUUUCUCUCACACUGUACACGCUUAACUCCAAACGGGACUUCUCAUUCAUUGGAUACAUGCUCGUAGCUGGUUUGACAGUUCUCAUUUUGGGGGGUCUUCUUCAGCUGGUGGUGCAGAGCGCCGCCUUCGAAAUGGCUCUGUCCAUCGUCGGCGCGAUAUUCUUCAGCAUGUUCCUCGUUUACGACACGCACCAGAUGAUGAGGGUCCUGUCCCCGGAGGAGUACAUCUUGGCAACCAUCAAUCUAUACUUGGACAUUCUGAACCUGUUCCUGUACAUACUCAGAAUUUUGAAUGAGUUAAACAGGAAUUAAUGCAUUUAGUAGUCCUUUUGGGAAAAGGGGGGGUAAUUUAUACACAAUCUAUCUAAACAGUUUUCAUAUACUGUAUAUUUCAAUGUUAUUUUAUGCAUCAACAUAAUAAUAUACAGUAAGUCCAGAAAAAAAAAAUAUGUUCAUGUAUAUGUUACAAUUUGUAAUCCCCCUACACCCCAAUUGAUAUCGAUAUUUGUCGAUUUAGAAUGUAUUAGACGAAUGCAUUAGUAACAGUUUACUUAAAAUUCAUAGUAGCGACGCGCAAAAUAGUGAAAGCUUUUAUUGUUUAUGUAUAUUCUAAUGUUAAUUAAACUUAUUAAACUGAGCACCGCUGACUUUUUUCCUCCUUAGUCACUUGUAAAAUUAAAAGUAAAAUAAAAAUUG